UACGAGGCCUUUGCAAUUAUCAUUGUGAAAAAGGCCUUCUUCCUUGCAAGAUUGCUUCAAUUGCAUAUGAUUCAUGCAAGUUCUUCUUCUUGAUGAUAUUUUAAAAUCUUUUCAUGAAAAUAAAUUUUGUCCCAUUUUUGUAGAUACUUUUUUUUUUCCUUAUUGAUUUCUUCUUCUUUUCCGUUCCGAAUCUUUAGCGCUCAAUCGCAAACUCGAGUUUAUUCUCAUCGUUUUUCAAUCCAUUCUAUUUUAGGGUUAUUUGUUUUAACUCGUUCAUAAUGUUUUACAACACGAUGAUUGGGCUCCGGUUCAUCAAACGCCUCAAGAACAUGGAGAAAUCAUCAUCAUCCUCCAACGACAAGCGUCGUCGAGUUUUGCAAUAUAACCCUAGCUUGAAGGAAAGCUUACUGUUAGCCGGCGAAUCGUCGGACGGAAGCAGCUUGGUGAAACGGGGAAACGCUAUCCCGAAAGGGCACUUGGCAGUGUACGUAGGCGACGGACAGCAAAGGUUUGUGAUCCCGACGAAAUGUCUUUCGUGUCCCGAUUUCAAGGAUUUGAUGGACGAAGCAGCCGACGAAUUCGGAUACGACCACGAGGGAGGGAUUCAUAUUCCGUGUGAGGAGGAUACCUUCAAACAAAUUUUGCUUAGAUGCAUCUCUAACGGCAAGAAGAAAACUUAUGUGUAGCUCAUAAGAUUGGCUCGGAUAUGUAUAUGAAUCUCACAAUGGUUUUAAAAAAAAACUAUAUCUAAAGAUUUUUUUGUGAACGUUUUGUUGGAUUUGGCCUAGUUGUACCACAGUUAGUAGAUAUAAUG